CACAAACGUCUGCUGGAUAAGUGCUCUAAAAGCUGAUGUAUUUCUGGAAGUGACCACAGUAAAUAGAUAUGGGAAAGGUAACUAAACUUUCCACAGGACACUAACAAAAAAGUGUUUGUAUACGGAAGGAAAAGUUUUGUUAAUCGAAUUUGAGGUGGUGUUCGGGAUUUAAAGAAGGAGACGGCCUGCCAAAUACACGACUGGCGGGAAGAUGUCGAAACAAGCUGAGCAUAUAAAGCGUCCAAUGAACGCCUUCAUGGUUUGGUCGCGAGCGCAGAGACGGAGGAUGGCACUUGACAACCCGAAGAUGCACAAUUCCGAGAUCAGCAAGCGUCUCGGCGGAGAGUGGAAACUUCUGUCAGACUCGGAGAAAAGACCUUUCAUCGACGAGGCCAAGCGUCUCCGCGCGGUUCACAUGAAGGAACACCCGGACUACAAGUACAGACCGCGACGCAAGCCCAAGAAUCCAGUGAAGAAGGAGAGGUACCGGUGUACCGUGGCGUAUAACACCGGCGAGCAGGACGCGCUCAAAGGGCUACUUCUGAACCCUGAAAAGACUGCUGCAGCUGUAGCCUUGCUCGGUCACUCUGCUCCAACCACCCCUUACCCUUAUCUGGACAUGAACUCGAAAAUGUCAGAAUUAUCAGCGACCACAUUUCCACACACCUUGCUCGAUUAUUCUGGACGCGUUGUUGCAUUUCCUCGAAUGGGAUUCCUUGGUGGCACACACACGCAUCCCUCUCCGGGCAAUCCUGGAUACAUGAUGCCCUGUAACUGCCCAGCGUGGACGCCCUCUUCCCCUCACCCUCUUCCUUUAGCUUAUGUGCUUUUGCCGGGAAUGCGCAAGACUCUGCACGAACCGUACUCUUCUUUUGCAGGGGCCUUAUGAGGGCCGCAUGCAACCUAUAGCCUACUUUAUUAUUAUUAUUAUAAGGACGCUGUAACUAGUUCUACUGGGUAACGCUUUUUGCGUAUUAACCUCAUUGUGAAUGUAUAUUUGUAAACAACAGCAAGAACAACAACAAGAAUAAUCCGUAUAUUCUGAGAGUGGUAUCCAUAAAUCCUGCAUAUUUGUUCUAAAUCUUGGCUUUAAGAAAUACAGUAAA